AUGUCUUUCCGAGCUCCUCUUCGUCGCAUCGCCCUUGCCAGGCCCGCUGCUAUGGCUGCCCGCGGCUUCCACUCCACCCCUCGAGCUUCUGUCCGCGUCGGCCAGGAGAUUCCCAGCCUCGAUGUGCUGCUCGAGGACUCUCCCGGAAACAAAGUCAACCUUGCUGAGGAGUUUGAGUCGGCUAAUGGAUACAUCAUCGGUGUCCCUGCGGCCUUCUCCGGGACGUGCUCCAGCAAGCACAUCCCCUCAUACAUCAACCACCCCAAGCUCAAGGAAGCUGGUCAGGUCUUUGUUGUGUCUGUCAACGAUCCCUUUGUCAUGAAGGCAUGGAGUGAGCAGCUCGACCCCGCCAAGCAGACCGGAAUUCGAUUCCUCGGCGACCCCACUGGUGAGUUCACGAAGGCCUUGGAUCUCGGCUUUGAAGCGUACGCCGUCUUCGGUGGCAUGCGAGGAAAGCGGUACGCUCUCAAGGUGGAGAACGGCAAAGUUAGCAAGGCAUAUGUCGAACCUGACAACACUGGAAGCGCCGUGUCCAUGGCCGAACAGGUGCUUGAUUAG